CUAUAUUAAAAAAAUUAAAGUCGGUGUGUAGUUUUUUGGAAGAAAACAUUCAUGAUUAUCAAAGACAGAUAAGUAGAAGGGGUCAGAAAAUCCCAGGAUAAAAAAGCCUUAUAUAAUGGAAAUCAGUUAACGAACAAGCUAAAAGAACAAUACAACAGGUACCGCUUGUAUUACCUACUUUCUUUGAAGAAUAACAAAACAGCUGUUGCUUGCUAAUGCGUAAAACAGAUCAAAGAUCCCAUGACCUCAAGUAUGUUUUUGAAUAAACUAUUUCCGAUGAAAAUUUAUAUCUAUUAAGUGUAAGGGCUUUAAAAUGUCAUGCCCCCUCCCAAUCGAAUACUUUCUCCGAAAUACUUCAAGGUUUAGGUGUCUACUAAUAUAAAUUUGACUUAUAUUUUGAACUACUUAUUUGUACUUUUAGUAGUAUUAUCCGUAAGUUUGCAAGUAAAGGGUGGUAUCUGCAUCCUACAUUUUGCGUACUCGAAAAAAAUGUCAUGAAAAGAUUCCUAAAAUCUUUCAUCAACUAGUAAAGUUCUCGUUUCACUAAAUAUAUGACCGCACGGCUUACUACUGAAGUUCACAAACAUAGGCAACUACCUGAAAAUAGUUUUAAAUACAAACUGACAGCCAUAAAAUAUAUUAGCACUAAAUAUAUAUUUUGUUAUAUUUUUGAAUUAUUGAAGAGUACUCACUAAUGACAUAUCUCUUAAACGGAACAAUGCAAACAGCGAUAAAGUAAGUUACUGAUUGCAUCUAAAUGUUAGUACAGAUUACCUAUAAUUAAAAAGGAUGAAAUGUAUUAAAGAUCCUGUAAAAUUCAAUUCGAAUCGACGUUCAAACAGUGUGAAUGUGAUCAAUAGCAUUUAAAGUGAUCAUGAGAGGUUGUCACAAUUAUUGUGCUUUCUUAGCUUCCCAUAUUAUUGUCUAGUAUGUUAACAAAACUUUGACGAAGUUAACGUCUAACUCAAGGAAUGUCAGUUUGUCAAAACCACUUAUGUUAUUUCCAAUUCGCCUAAAAUUUUACAAAAUGAAAUUGGACUCAUUAAUCUAAACAAUAGCAGGAAUUUCAGACAGCGAGAUAUAUCAUCCUAAUAUGUGACUACUAAUUUUAAGAUAUAUUUACUACAAAUGGCGUUAUAAUUAUUUCGUAAAAUAUUAGAAAUAUAUCACACAACUGUAAUGUGGACAAGUAUUUUCUGAAACGGUGUUCUUCUUUACAGAAGAUAUAGAAAAAUGUAAAACAGAUAUGAAUUAAAUCGACACUUUGCUUGAUCAUUAUGUUCAUUAGCCUUAACUCUUAUAAAAAAUUGUAGGACGAAUACUUUCUAUUUCUGCCCACUUUGGUGUUAAAGGUUUAACUGUUGAUGGUUCCCUAAUAAUUUCUGAUGAAUUGCUUUAUGUCGCAUUGCUUUUAUAUUAUAGAUGUGUACUCCCGUGGUGCGAUCUACAAAGCGACGAUAAGAUACCCAUAAGCAAGUCUAGAUAAACAUCGAUAUGCUCUCUAGUCAUCCAGGUAUAUCUUAGUACUCGGUCGCAUAUACUCUCGUAUAAUUGGUAUCAUAGUUGUAGCUCGUCGGUUUCUUAGGCACUGGAAGUGUCUUUUUGACAUGAUCUAUCAUAUAUAAGACGGACCUCCUAAUUAUGUUUAACGAAGUCCUACUUACUCAGUCUUCUAUAACACUUCUUCCUCUAUUGAACUUGCGUUUUCUAGGGACCGUUUCGUCGAUUUCUAAAACUUUUCUGAUUCCUUUAAACGACUGAUGGAAGCUUGUUAUUUUCAUUGCACAUGUAUCUCGACAGUAACCAUACCACUGAACUGCCGAAUCUUCAGGUUUCAGCCAAUGUAACUGGUGCUUUUAUUAUCCGGCUUGCAACAAUUAUUUUAAUCUGUAUUAGUGUCAAUCAGGAUCAAGCGGAAAAAGUCCUCGUUCUAGUAGACGCUUUUCUCCAACAUAUAUUACAUAGAAAUACAACGUCUCAAUGAUAGUCUUUACAAUGCCUAGCAGUCAUUAGAAUACCGUAAUAACAAAUAAAGGAACUUCUCAGUAAUCCCGUGUGUUUUAGCCACUCAACUAUGACGUCCUACUUGAAAUCCCCUGUAAACCGGUUGUAAGUGAGCAUUAUAUACUGAAAUAAGUGCCGUGACCAUGAAAUCGCUCACUGGCUUCCGUUCUGUUCGUCCAUAAAUUACAGUCUAGUCGUUUAACAGAAGUUUUCGAUUUACUAAUAACAAGGUAUAUUUAUCACUUCUAAAUAAAAAGAAUUGGAAAACUUUCAUAACUUUAUUAACAACGCUUAUUAGCGAUAAAAUGUUUGAAUUAAGGAAGAAAUCGAACGAAAACUGCUGAUGACCAAUGCAGGAAAAUCCGAGGGUUAGUAUAGAACAAGUGUACUCAUAAUAACCAAAUCUUCAGCUAUAGUAGCAAUAAUUAAACGGCUCAUAAAAUUUAUUUAAGACUACUAUUUAGAAAACAUAUAGUAUUCGACAGAAAUGUGCUUUGCAGAAAAGUACCGAGUCUAAUGAUUAUCUUCGUGAGGAGUGUGCACUCAAAAAGAACUAUCAAGCGGACUGUCGAGAACAUUUAGCCCAAAAACUAUAAUCGAAGGUAACGGACGGAUUUUAUCAUCCCAUAUAAUAAAUAUCUCAAAUAUUACAAUCAAAUUAUCGGGGAUCACUGAAAUACGUUCAGCUUAAAAACGAACAAGAUCUGUCCAGUUUUUACUAUCCAACUAAAGGAUAUACUGUCAAAGGAACAUGAAUCAAAUAUAAUUUUCUAAACGUAAUUAAUUAAAUGUGUAAAACACAAACGUACACAGUGUGAUUGACCUUUUUUUCAUUAUUUGUGUAAACAUCAAUUACAGUUAAAUAUCACUAAAUAUCCUCUCAAUAACUGGAGCAUAUAAAUAGUUUUAAACAUAGAAAUGAUAAGGAAAUAUGGAUCCAGUUGUUCGACCAGCAAAAGAGCGAAUACAACAGUUCAAAGUAAACUUCCUAGGUUCGCAAUUGAUUAUUUCACUGAGAAAUACAAUAAAAGCUUCACUGGUGAACCUAUCAGCUUACAGAAUAUGGAAACUAACUGAUUAAGGAAACUGUUUUCUUCAAUAAAGUCAAUUGAGUAUUUGUAUAACUGAUGUCUGGAUGUAUCGGUUUAAAGCCUAAGAUAGUUUUUUUCAUUAUUCAGGCGGUAAAUAAUAGUCAAAAUAAAAACAUCCUCCUUAAUAUGUGCUAUGCCAUAAUUAAAUAAGUUUACAUACAAUAUUUGAAAGGACUGUUUUCGUUUAGUCAAAAUUAUCGAACUUAUUUCAAAUGUACUUUUCAUGCUUCAGGUAUAUUUCAUAGUCUUCGUUUUAUUUUUUCUUACAAUUAAGGUUUAUUCAUCCUUAUUUCAACCUCUGAAUCAAGUGACCAGCUUAUUGACCUACAGUCUGCUCUCCGUUGCUUUGCUACUCUUAUUCCUAUUCCUGAUUGUAUUACUGAUUUAUCGACGUCGUCACAGAGAUGGAAAAUCUAACAAACACUCAUUUUUUAUUAGUUUCAAUCCAGCAAGACGUUUACAUUCAAGCAGUGGGAAUGGUUCAUCCAUCCUGGGACUAGGUAGUGAUUUAACGACAAGUGGUUUACCGCUUGAUUUAGCUACUCUUGAGCCAUUAUGGAAUCAAGAAGUUAAUUCAUUAUACGGCAUUAGUAAACCUGAUCUUAACAACUUUGAACAAGUCCCACAGAUACCAGCAGCAAAUAUACGUUUUCUACGUUAUAUUGGGUGUGGAGCAUUUGGUAAAGUGUGGGAAGGUUGGCUUCAUGUUCGUGAUGCGAAUGGGGAACGAUUUGAAAAGGUUGCACUAAAAGUACGAAAUUGUAAAUCACUAACUGAAGCUGAAUUUAAACGUGAAGCGACACUUAUGCACAAAUAUCAACAUACAAAUAUUGUACGAUUCUUCGGUGUGUCAUUUGACUCACCUGGACAACAAUGUCUUGUCCUAGAAAUGAUGGAUCAGGGCAAUUUAAGAGAUUAUCUUCACCGUUCACGGCCAAGAAUUGCACCUGAUAUAGCUGCGAAUGUUUUUGCUGCUGCAGCUAUCUGUGCCGCUGCUGGGAGAACAGGAGGUUCUGAUGGCUCGUCAGUAAACACGAGCACAACUAGUACGGCGCCGGGUGGUGGAACGCCAAGUGCUUCAAACGUUAUUACAUUGACAGCACAGUUAGAUCUACCUGCACUAGUCACCAUAAUGAGAGAUAUAUGUCAUGGAUGCCGUUAUCUUGAAGAGCAACACUUUGUCCAUAGAGACAUUGCAGCACGAAACUGUUUAGUGAGUCAUAAUCAUUCAAGUGGACGUAUAGUCAAAUUGUGUGAUUUCGGACUAGCACGAGAUAUUUAUAAAAAUGAUUACUAUCGUAAGCGCAAUGAACCCAAAUUACCUGUGAGAUGGAUGUCGCCAGAAGCUAUUCGUGAUGGUUUAUUCACAACAAAAUCUGAUGUUUGGGCGUAUGCUGUUACCUGCUGGGAAGUUUUAACCCUAGGUGCUGACCCAUUUUACGGCCGAGCGAAUGUGGAUGUCAUGAAUUUAGUUAUUGGUGGACACGUUUUGGGAUGUCCUGAAAAUUGUCCAGAAGAACUUUAUAAUCAACUACUACAAUGUUGGAGUCGAUUCACAGAAAUGAGACCAACAUUUGGACAGUUAUGCAAAAAGAUGGAUGAAUUCAUUAUGGCUUCACAAAAUAAUCAAAGCCCCUUCUCUCAACCAUUUGUUGUAUCGUUGCCUCUGCCCAAAAGUUUACAAGGUAGAUCAGGACAACAAGCAUCCAUGUAUGGUUCCAACAAACCACAUCACGAAUCAAAUGAUUUAUCACUUUGCAUGCUUUCUAAUAACUGUCAACGUAGGACAUCUCUAGAUGGUGGACGCCCAGUAAGCGACAUGGAUUCAUCGCUAAUUAAUGAGACCAAUCUAUCCCAAGGAAUGAGUUCCAGUAAACAACUUCUACUAUCAUCCAACAAUUCUAAAGACUUGAAGCCAUCGGCAUUUCAUACAAAAAGCCGUUCGUAUGCAGAAACAGCUACUCGUGGUUACAUUGUAACACCUGGUGUUGAAGGCAUUAGUAUGAAUAAGUUCAACUACCGGGAGUCUCGAAUGGAGAACCGAAUUUACACCUCAUCAACUGCCCCACUGGCUGGUGCUUAUGAAUGUUCAAUGUCUGAUCCAUCCACGGAACAGACGACAUUGGCGACUACAUCGAACGGUACUGAAAGUAAUAGACAAGCCUCGGUUAAGCUGAAGUCGCGGUCAAUACAAGGUAAUACGGAGAACAGAAUUGAUAAAAUGACAAACUCAACAAAUGCGAUUCUGCAACAUCGACAAAACCAAAUCCAACCACCAAGUUCAAACUUUUGCUUAGACACCUUAUUACGCGAUCAAAAUGGCAUGAAAGUAAAUUCUUACAAAACUUUGGGUUUUCAUGAUAAGAGUAGUAAUCACAGUAAUAAGUUCAAUUCCCUCAGUACCACCGAUGCUAAUAACAGUGAUCAAAGAGGGAGUCAUCUAGUUCCGUUUAAUUACAACCAUGCACACAGUAAACCACUACAUUCUAAAUCAUUUAAUUCAAAAUCAACCAGUAUGGUAGACACUAUGCCUCAUAGUGGUAGUGGGUCAACCAAUAACCGGAGUCUAACAGCUUAUUGGUUAAUGGAAACUGGUGGUGGUGUUGACUCACUAGGUUAUGAAAGACCAUCACUAAUCCGUACAUCAUUUCCAUCUCAGACGAACUCAGCGAAUUCACAUGGUGAAAAUACUAAUAUUUCAACAUUCAUUGAUCAAAACUGUAACAAUGACUUUCUUGAAAGAGUUAUUUGCAAUUACCAAUCGCUAAAAAAGGCAUCAACUAACGUAUUAACAACCUGAGUUUGAAGCAUUACUGCGGAAGUGACCUUCGUAUGUUACGAAACAAUUAACGCACAAUCACAAAUAUAAAUAAGUACACAUACGGUGCCAUAUUAAAAGUGUUAAUUAUC